UUAUUCGUUGGAUGGAGGAAGCUCGGAGCGUAUUAAAAUUAUCAAUAAAUCCGCUAAGUUGGGAUUAUAUUAAUCUCUCCAUGCUUUGAUACAUUGUGAAACUGCGAUUGUUGUUUGCAACACCAAAUCCGUGGUGGUUAAGGUUAUCAGUUUAUCUGCACGAGAGAUACUACUUCGGGUUUUUAAAUCUGUCCCCUAAACGGCGUCUGAAAAGUUUAGUUUGACCUUUGUUACGUGUCCAGGUACAUGUUUUCGUCUGGACUUGACAGCAGUAGUGGUGUCAAUCAGAAACGCUAAGAAAGGCUGCGCAAUUUAAGAGAAAUGUAUUUCCUCCGCAUUUCUAACAUCAUUUCGAUGACGCUCCGAAUUUUGUUGGGCUUACUUCCGCUUCUCCACCUGACAGUUGCAGCGUCCUACAACCAACCAUGCAACCCGACGACCCAUUGUGACACGGCUGUCGGUCUGGUCUGCGAUGCUGGACUUUGUCGCUGUUCUAGCGGAUCAUUGACAAACCAGGUGUCCUACAACCUGGCGUGGGACUCGAGCCGAGGAAUCUGCGUGGGUCAACACCUGUCCGCUUGCACAGGGACGAGACAAUCCCCCGUCCCCGGAGGAAUGAAGGCUGUCCCCUGUUUGGACCAAUUGACCUGCGUCCAACUACGCGACAUGCCCAUGGGCGUUGGCUCGUGUGAAAACGUGCCCAAGGUCUCCCUCAUCGGAACAACCUGUAGCACAGACACCUUUUGUGACUCGUCUCGAAGUCUGGUGUGCACCGAGGGACGCUGUGCUUGUGCCACUUCGAGGCUUAAUACGUCCCCUGAAUACCAAUUGGUCUGGGACCUUGACAUGAACGACUGUGUGGCGCCGAUCGGGGCUGCCUGCGUUGGAACAAAGGAAUUUCCUGUAGCUGCUGGACACAAAAGUAUUGCCUGCAUUUUGGAAGCGGAUUGCCUUGCGGUUGCUUCCCAACCACCUGGACUCGGAAUUUGCACAUCUCGCUCCACACCAAACAGUGCAGAACUGCUACACCCAGGAAUGUUGCAGCUUUUAAUAUCGACCUGCGUGAUUGCAAUGUUUCGCUAAUUAGAUUUUGUCAUCUGACUGAACCUGUUAUCUUCCGUGUAGUCAAUUUCUCGCAAUUCGUAUGAUAAUAAAAAGUAUGCCGAUCUGUACAUGGAGGUCAACUUACUAUCUAGACUAAUUAAUAAUAUGUUUUACUUUUCGUUGCAUGUUUCUGAAUAUUUUUUACUAACAUUCAAUGCUGCCAGGUUAAUGGGUUAAAAUCUGAUAAUUCAGUGAAUACGAAUAAAUGUAAAUACACGUACAUUGUGUUAUCACAAGUGUCGAAAUAAUAGAAUAAAUCAAUAUGGAGAUAUGGCCACGUUAUGCACCUAGA